CGCAGCUGCAGCCCCGCUCCCGCCCGCGGCGCGCCGAGACCCCAGCCCGCGCCCGUGGCAGGCUUCAUCAGCAGUUUCUUGAUGUUUGGAAAGUUCUGAGACCCACCCUGUUGGACUACUUGUAACCAGUGCCUAAGACUACAAAAACGUACGUGUGAAAGAACCUCUCUUCCUUCUUCCACUGAAGGAAGCAUCCAUCAUAGUACUGUGGAAACUCCGUGCAGGCCUUGCAAGGCAGGAGAACAGUUUGUGCUUCCGUUGACGCUCGUGCGUAAUCUCUGCUUCUUAUGCACUCCAGCACCCCUAUCAGUUCCUUGUUCUCCUUCACCAGCCCUGCAGUGAAAAGGCUGCUGGGCUGGAAACAAGGAGAUGAAGAAGAAAAGUGGGCAGAAAAAGCUGUUGAUUCCUUGGUGAAGAAGUUAAAGAAGAAAAAAGGAGCCAUGGAAGAACUGGAGAGGGCUCUGAGCUGCCCAGGUCAGCCCAGUAAAUGCGUCACGAUCCCACGUUCCUUGGAUGGGCGGCUGCAGGUGUCUCACCGCAAGGGGCUUCCCCACGUCAUAUAUUGCAGAGUGUGGCGCUGGCCUGACUUACAAUCUCACCAUGAGUUGAAACCACUGGAAUGUUGUGAGUUCCCUUUUGGCUCAAAACAGAAAGAAGUGUGCAUCAACCCCUACCAUUACCGGCGGGUGGAAACCCCAGUCCUACCUCCUGUACUCGUUCCAAGACACAGUGAGUUUAACCCUCACGUCAGCCUCCUUGCCAAGUUUCGAAACACUUCUCUGCACAGCGAGCCACUGAUGCCCCACAAUGCCACUUAUCCAGAUUCUUUCCAGCAUCCUCCAUGCACCCCUUUUCCAUCAUCCCCCAGCCACAUGUUCUCCCAGUCACCUAACAGCAUCAGCUACCCCAACUCACCAGAAAGCUCUUCUGGACCAGGAAGUCCCUAUCAGCUCACAGUGGAAACUCCACCUCCACCCUACCAUGCAAGAGAACCUCCGGGAAUCCACAAUGGACGGUCAAUGGAUGCAAUAGCUGAAAGUCAGCUAGUGCUGUCUUUGCCCAGUGGAGGUAAAUCUGCCGAUGGAGAAGCUGAAAAUUUUCGGCCUGUUUGUUAUGAGGAACCCCAAUAUUGGUGCUCAGUUGCCUACUAUGAACUCAACAACCGGGUAGGGGAGACUUUCCAGGCCUCCUCUCGAAGCAUCCUUAUAGAUGGAUUUACAGAUCCUUCAAAUAACAAAAACAGGUUCUGCCUGGGUCUGCUCUCAAAUGUAAACCGCAAUUCUACUAUAGAAAACACUCGGAGACACAUAGGAAAAGGUGUUCAUCUUUACUAUGUCGGUGGGGAGGUUUAUGCCGAAUGUGUCAGUGACAGCAGUAUUUUUGUGCAAAGCCGCAACUGUAACUACCAGCAUGGUUUCCACCCAGCCACAGUCUGCAAGAUCCCCAGUGGCUGCAGCCUCAAGAUCUUCAACAACCAGCUCUUUGCCCAGCUUCUUGCCCAGUCAGUCAAUCAUGGUUUUGAAGUGGUGUAUGAGCUGACCAAGAUGUGUACAAUUCGAAUGAGCUUUGUUAAAGGCUGGGGAGCAGAGUAUCAUCGCCAAGAUGUUACAAGCACGCCCUGCUGGAUUGAGAUCCACCUGCAUGGACCAUUGCAAUGGCUGGAUAAGGUGCUGACACAGAUGGGCUCACCUCACAACCCCAUCUCCUCAGUCUCUUAAGAAUCAUCUCUAGAAUUCCCUUAGGAUGGAUGCUAUUGCAGGCAGUGGCUUAUAGAAUUCCCAUGAACAGAAGCUUCUAUAUGUAGAUGUAUGUAGAUGUAAAUAUAUCUAUACAUAGUCUCCUCUCUUUUUUAAUUUUUUUUUUCAUUUUGUGGUUUCUAGUUACUCUGAUGCCAGUACAGUAAGUUUAGAAAUUCAGGUAUAGCAUAUCUGUUCUCUAGUACAAAAUAAGCCAAACUCCUGCAAAAGUGUCAAACAUUUCCUGUGAGCAUCUUCAUUUCCCAGCCAAGCCAGUAAAUGGUGCAAAUUCCCAGCACUUUCAUGUGGAUUCAGAAACCUGGCUGUAGCUGUUCCUAGUAGGUGAAAUUCACCCCUCUGCAGGCCACCAAAGUCAUAUCUCUGUGCCAUUUAUAGUCAUCUUACAUCCUGAUUUCAAGUCCAGAAGAGGACCUGAGGUGGUGCACAGGACUUAUGCAUAGAGAUGACUUUUAUCUAGUGAAUUGAAGGACUAAACUGCCAUUCCAGUCUGUCUCCCUACUGCAAAGCACGAUGGGACAACAAAUCCUCAGAAGAGCUGAUGCACACUGUCUCUCCUGGGAUUUGGCAAGAGGAGGGAGCAUAUUCAGCACAGGAACCUUAUCUCAGAGCAUUCUGGACAAUCUGAGUAGUCUGAUACUGCUAACAUAGUAGGGUACGGUACUGCUGCACUGAAAAGCAACAAGCUCCUAAGAAAAAAAAAUUAAAUAUAUGCCCAUGAGUUAAAAAAACUAAUUAACUUCCAGUGCUUUUUUGCAAAGUACAUACAUACUUGCAUAUGUGUCCGGCAUGUAAACUAAAUCCUAUCCAUUCUACAGUAUUGAUACAGUUUGUUUUAAAGUUAAGACUGUCUGUAUUUAGACUGAUGUUCUGAUAUCAAGGUUACACCUCAAAGGGAUUUGAACUGUGAUGCAGAAAAGGGAAAUUACAUGUGCAUUGAAGAAGCAAAUAAUUACUUUAUCAUUCAUCUUGGGAACAGAAAGUCCCACACUCAAAGGAUGUAAUGGGAGUCAGCCGUGUCCAUCCCCUGCACUGGGCCAGUCCUCAGGAUCUGAUGGCAUUGCUCGGGUCUGACUGAGAGGGCUCCCCUGCCAGUCACUCCAUACAUUCCCAUGGAUGGUUUCUCAUCUUAGGUACAGGCUUCUUCAUUUGCUGAGCUUUUGCCUUGCCUGCAGAGGAUGGUGAGGCAAUUUAAGCCAUGAACAAGUAAAGAGUGAAUCUAUGUGCAGAACCUCGUCUGUGUUCCUUCUGUAAGCAGGGAAAUCAAUUGCCCAUACCCCAAUCCCAUCCUCGCAAAAUGCUGUCCACUUGGAAACCUUUCCUGAGAAGACAGGAACUCUUACUCAGACUCAGACUCUUACUACAAUUUGAUAGUCUCUCCUUUUGCUGGAAGAGUCGAGUAUUAUUUCUUUCCAGGCAUAACAGUCCACUGAAAAUUGUUUUUAUUUAAGGGUCAGAAAAAGUGAUAACAUCUAACAUCUCCAACAUCAUUCCUCCAUAAAACAAGUAGAAAUAUUAGUGGGAAAAAAAUGUUUUUCAGAAUAUUUAUUUUCUUCUCACACAAUACCUGGUGCUACACAUUUUGUUGCAUAAUUAGAAGAGGACACCUGAAAUCUUCAGCUGUAUCACACAUGCAAAAGGAAAUAACAUUCACUGGAAAGACAGUGAGUAAACUAACAGUGUUACUUCAUUUGAAUGCAUCUUCAGCUGCCUGCAGCAUUAGGAGGGCACAGAGGAUAAAUUGUUGUUAAGUUUGAGCAGUAAUAGCAAGUUGUAUAGGAAAUCUGUAAGUGUGGAGAACUCUAUUCUGUCACCAUUUGACAUCAGCAGUGUCACUGUGAGAUAGGAAAAACUUUACAGUCUCUUGUAGCAAUGAAAUCCAAUAAUAAUAAUAAUAAUAAUAAUAUAAAGAAAUUCCAUGUGUGCCAUUUACUGUUUAGCAGACUUUAGAGACAUCAGUUUGGAAAAAUGCAUUUUCCUCAGCUCAGUCAUAAGUGAUCAGAUACUAGUAACGUUUUUUACUAUAUUUAUUGCCCCUCUUCUCCAGUUGCACCUGUGCUCUAGGAUGAGCACCUUUUGAUUUUGCUCAUUCCUCUUUUUUUUAGCAGCUAAGGACAGAGGAAAUCACCUCUACUGUCCAGGAUCUAGCUCUGUCCCUUAUCCUAGAUUCUUCCUUGCCUUUUUGGCUGAAGCCUCCUUCCCUUUUAAUAUAGAGAGAAGCCUAGGAGUUCCUUUUAGACAUUCCCAAUAUUGCCAUCUUCCUCACAGAAAGCAAAGGGAAAUGUUCUGAGGUGCAUCUGCUCUUGGGCAGCUCCUGAACUCAGUUUUCUGUCAAUGCUGCAGAGAAAAAUUGGAUGGCCAGUGAAGAGAAGCAGCUUCUUCUGGGGAAUUAUUUGUUUAAUCACAAAGUAUUUCAAGCAGGUGAAAUACACUGCACUCUGAGCAUGCUUGUGUUUUCCCACUGAGUAUAAGGGGAACUGAGAGUCAUUAGCUCAAAUACAGACUGCUACACUGGAUGUAUCCAAAAAUAGAUGAGAGGAACCCUAAUCAAGGUGUGGUGACUUUCUCAGCCUAGUUAUGAUGCUUACUCAGCAAGUGUUUGUUUGGUUUAAAUGGAAGAUGGUAAAUUCAGAGCAGUUUUUCCUUUCCUUUAUGUCUGCCUUUAUAGUAAUCGUUUUACAAAUAGGAUUUGGCUUCCAUGUAGUCCAUACAUGCAUCUCAUUUAAGGCAGUCACUUUAAUACUGCCUUAAUAGUAAGAAAAGAGGCAUUUCUGAAGCCUGAUUCUUCUGACCCAUUUAAAACACCUGUAUUAGGAUGAGAUUAAUUUCAGCAAAUUUAACUAUUUGUUGAAAACUGGAUCAAAACACUCGA